CGCCCUUGUUUUUUUCCCCUAAUGUAUUAUGUUCUGUCGGUGCGUCCUGCCUCGCAGUCUUCGAACGGGGAUAUUACAAAGCUUUCUUCGUCUCCACCCACCUCCCUCCUCCCUUCUCGGUUCUGGUGUUCCGGCCACGGUCCUGGCAGUUCUGCCAGUACGCGGUGAACCUCCGUGCAGGUCGGAUCAGUGACGGGAUUGUGACGUUGUCGUGUUGUUGGUCGGAGCGGAUCUCACGCACACAUUUUUUUUUUGGACCCAGGCUCGUUUCUUUAUCUUUUUCCCCCACAAAUUAAAGCACUCGGCAAGUUUUCUUUCAAGCAAAGCGUGGAUGCUUCCCCCCCCCAAACUCUUGAAAUAGACGCUUUUACCUUGCCACACACAUUUGGAUUUCUUUUUUCCCCCUCCGUACCUCUUUGAAUUCUCAAAUUGAGAAUUGAAGCAUUGGUGGAUUUACAAACCGUCUGCAAGGAUUGUGAUGUGCACCGACUGGACUUGAGAAACGUUUAUGAGCGUCAAGAUGAGGAGUCCGGUGGCAUAUUUUUAGCCUAUAAAGCGGCUUGCGUUUUUUUUUUUUUUUUGACCCCCCGCAAAAAAACGUCCCGAAUGUGUAUUUUAGUUCUAUCGUGUGUUGCAUGAGGCGUCGGGGAAAGGUAAUGGGAGAGGGUGCACACACAACAAGGGAGCGUUGUUCGAAACUGAGACAAUUAAGGAACGAGAACGGAAUCGCGGCUGGCUUGUGAUUCAUUUGACAACAGUGGAUUCACUCGAGUUUGAUUUGCGUCCUGGACCAAAGCCAUUUUUAUAUAUGUGUGCGCUAAGGGCACAUUAGUGUGAAAGUCAUGGGGUUGGUGCAGAAAUAGUCCAGAAAGUUUUGGUGUUUAUUAUUAUAAUAUACUUUUAAUAUAUCCAUUUAAUUCAACCCAUCCUGGGCCCAUGAGGUUCUGACUCGCCUCCAAUUUGGGAAGUCUUUUUUUGGAUUUUUUUUUUUUUUUUGCUUUUGACACCACCACUCGUGGACCGAAUUUGGAGAUGGCGUGUCCGUGGAGUGUGAAUGGAUUGUGGGUCCUGCUGGCGUUUGUACUGGAUUUACUGGGAACCACGGCCAGCAACAUGGAGCCCAUCUAUUGGAAUUCUCUCAACGAGAGGUUCCGAGACGAUAAGGGCUACGUCCUCUACCCUCAGAUCGGGGACCGGCUGGACCUGAUCUGCCCUCCGCUGGACACGGCCCGCUCCACGCCGGAGUACGAGUUCUACAAACUGUACCUGGUGUCGUCGCGGGAGCAGGCGGACCGCUGCGAGGUGACGGGCCCGCCCAACAUCGUACUGACGUGCGACGAGCCCGUGCGGGAGCGCCGCUUCACCAUCAAGUUCCAGGAGUUCUCGCCCAACCUGUGGGGCCACGAGUUCAAGAGCAUGCACGACUACUACAUCAUCGCUACAUCAGAUGGGACCCGCCAAGGUCUGGACAGCAUGAGGGGAGGAGUUUGUGCCACGCAGGGCAUGAAGGUGGUCCUGAAAGUGGGGCAGAGUCCAUACGGGCUGCCUCCCAAGAAGGAGCCAGCGGGACGCUCCACCAACCGGAACUCAGGGAACUCAACCCAUUCGAGAGGACCCAACACCUUUGGGGGCGCCGAAGGCGGCGGGGAGAACGGCCCGCUGCAGCCGUCCAACAUCGCCCUGAUCGCGGGCGCUGCCGGGGGCUCGGCUUUCCUGCUGCUGGUCACCGCCGUCAUCUGCGUGGUGUGCUACCGGCGGCGGCACGCCAAGCACUCGGACACCCACCACCCGCCGCUGUCGCUGUCGUCGCUCACCAGCCCCAAGCGAGGCGGCGGCGCCGGGGGCAUGGGCAGCUCCAACAACAACGGCUCCGAGCCCAGCGACAUCAUCAUCCCUUUGAGGACGUCGGACUCCGCCUACUGCCCGCACUACGAGAAGGUGAGCGGCGACUACGGACACCCCGUCUACAUUGUGCAGGAAAUGCCACCGCAGAGCCCGGCCAACAUCUACUACAAAGUAUGAGAACUGAACUCUCCGGCCCGAAACCCCCAAGAAUCACUCCGCGCCCUGCCUGAUCAAGGCCCAACGCCCCCCCCCUCUCACCUUCGCACCCGCCACCAUCCAACCAUGACCAAACCCCAGCACCACACUUACGUGUGUCCGCGAGGGUUCGCCGGCCUACGGGAGCGCUCUUAGAGGAGAUUCCCAGAAUGCACCUGGAAGUGCGUGAAUGUGGCUUUUGGACCUGAGGAGAAUCAAAGGACUAUAUUUGA